GGAGACAUUCUAACCCAACUAGAAAUGCAUUUGGAAGUGCUCAUCAAGGUGUAUAGUAACCGAAUCCAGCGCAUUCCAACGGCACCGCUUCUCCAGCACUGCCAAUAUCACCAGAACCGCCAUCAUAUCAUUCCCAUCCCCACCACCAUGGAUCAGAACCAACCCACUGUGGGUGGCGUUACGGCGGAGGUACUAAAAGCAGUCGUUUCGCAAGCUCUUCUGGGCAAAUUCACAGCUGUUUUCCCAAAGCUUUUCAAGUGCCAGUGGAAGACUUACGAAGGUCAAAAGAAGUUCUACGCCAAUUUCAGUACCGAUUGCAGCGACAGCAACAACAGCAACAUGAGUGCCCGUAAAUUCUGCGUUGGAGGCAACUGGAAGAUGAACGGUGACCAGAAGUCGAUCGCCGAGAUUGCCAAGACCCUGAGCUCCGCCUCGCUGGAUCCCAACACGGAGGUGGUCAUCGGCUGCCCGGCCAUCUACCUCAUGUACGCCCGCAAUCUGCUGCCCUGCGAAGUGGGACUGGCCGGCCAGAAUGCCUACAAGGUGGCCAAGGGCGCCUUCACCGGCGAAAUCUCACCGGCUAUGCUGAAGGACAUCGGUGCCGAUUGGGUCAUUCUGGGCCACUCGGAGCGUCGUGCCAUCUUCAAUGAGUCCGAUGCUUUGAUUGCCGAGAAGGCCGAGCAUGCCCUGGCCGAGGGUCUCAAGGUCAUCGCCUGCAUUGGUGAGACGCUCGAGGAGCGGGAGGCCGGCAAGACCAACGAGGUGGUGGCCCGCCAGAUGUGCGCCUACGCGCAGAAGAUCAAGGACUGGAAGAACGUGGUGGUGGCCUACGAGCCCGUCUGGGCCAUUGGCACCGGCAAGACCGCCACGCCCGAUCAGGCCCAGGAGGUCCACGCCUUCCUGCGCCAGUGGCUGAGCGAUAACAUCUCCAAGGAGGUCUCCGCCGCCCUGCGCAUCCAGUAUGGUGGCUCCGUCACCGCCGCCAAUGCCAAGGAGCUGGCCAAGAAGCCCGACAUCGAUGGCUUCCUCGUGGGAGGCGCCUCCCUGAAGCCCGAGUUCGUGGACAUCAUCAAUGCCAGGCAGUAAACAAUGCCCAUCCCGCGAUCUCCAACUGCCCGCGGUUAAGGAUCUCUGGAGGAUUUCCGUUUCCGAACCGCUAUUGCAUUACGCACACACAGAAGUCGUUGUAAUUGUCACCACCAAGUGCAGUUCCAAAUUCAUAGUUACCUCCCCGUUGUUGAACGUAUAGUAGUCCAUUGUGUAAAUCUUAAAUUAUUCUGGCAAUAAUUAUACGCUACUCAUUUACUCAUAUACCACAAA